AUGCUAUCUAUUAAUAUUCCCCAUUACACGAACCCCUCGGGGUAUCAGCUAUCCAAGCUGCCAAAACCAGAGCUUCGAUCUGCUCAAGAUGUGAUCAUCAAAGUCCACGCCGCGAGUAUAAAUCCAAUCGACGUGAAACGGGCAGGUGGAGCUUUGAAGAUGGCGAUGAAGGACGCCUUCCCAUACAAGAUCGGUUAUGAUUGUGCUGGUAUAGUCACGGAAGUUGGAUCAGAUGUGAGCAGAUGUAAAGUCAGUGAUGAGGUUUAUACUCGCCUUCCAGAGGUUUCUCGAGGUUCAUUGAGUGAAUUCGUCGUCUGCGCAGAGCAAUACGUUGCUAUCAAGCCGCCUUCAUUAUCUUUCGAGGAAGCUGCUUCUAUUCCACUCGCUGGAAUGACUGCUUUACAAGCACUCAGGAGAUACAAGGGUGACCUUGCAGGAAAGACAGUCUUCGUACCGGCAGGCUUAAGCGGAACGGGCCUCUUCGCAUGCCAACUCGCGAAACACGUAUUCAAAGCCGGAAAGGUAAUAACAACAGUCUCCACAUCAAAAGUGAGCAAGCUGAGCGAGCUACUAGGCGAAGGAACAGUUGAUGAAAUAAUCGACUACACAAAAACAGAUCCAAGAUCUACCAUCCCAAAAGGCUCCGUAGACUUCCUCUUCGACACAACUGGCGCUGCAAUGGAGCAUCUCUGUCUAAUGCGUGCACGAACCGGAUGCAUCGUCUCCGUCGCGACAAUGCCAUCAGGCGAUGAAUUACAGGAUUCGCCUUUGAUGGAGUUGCCGCAUAAUCCGAGACUAUCCAUGCCUAUUAGGAUGUCUCUUAAUGCCAUGGAUUGUGUAAGGAAGGUACGGGCUAGACGGUAUGGAAUUGAAUACUCAUAUUUGCUUCUUGGGUCGAGUGGGACGGAUCUGGAUGAGUUGCGUGGGUAUGUUGAGAAUGGGAAGUUGAGGACUGUUGUUGGGUGUACGGUUCAAUUUGGGGAUAUUGAGGCUGUUAGGGCCGCUUGUUUGGUUGUGUAUAGUGGGAAAGGGGGAACUGGGAAGACAGUUGUUAAGAUUGUUUGA